CUAAACAACAGAGUCCCCUGUUUCUUCUUCUGCAGCUUUCUUUCCCUCUCCAUCUACAAACAAACACCAAAUUGGAUUUUGUUCUCUACUGGAUACCUUCCACGCCGCUCGCUCUCAGCUCCUCAAUAUUAUCUCUCAGCUCUCUCUUAGAUUCUUGAUUUCAAUUACCUUUUCUUUCUCUGUUUCUGAUUGACACGCCAAGAUCUUGACUUGAGAUUUUUUAAAACCAAAUUAAGAUCUUUUUUCCCUUCAAUUUUUGGUUUUCCGGGAAAAAUUGUGUGAAGAGAGUUGGUGGAAUUGAAGAGAGCGAGCGGCGAAUGGCUGCAGCGAGGGACAGGGGAAAGGCGAAGAAGGCUAUGGAGGAAGAGGCGGAUGAAGGCAGGGAGUUUGAGAGGCAACAAUGGAGGCCAGUUUUAGAAGAAGCUUCCAUGUCCGAUAGGCCACUCAAGAAGAUCAGAAGUCCAGACCAUCAAUCCUCCUCGUCAUCAUCAUCCAUGGUUCCUCCUCCUCUGUCAUCUUCAUAUUCCAAUUCGGGCCCUGUUUUUCCUUUCGCCUUCGAUGGAACCCAACAAUUAGGAUCAACCGUUCCUCUGUUACACCCGCAGUAUCAUCAUCAUACUCAUCAGCAACAAAUGAUCUCAUUCUCUCCUCAACAGCCGCAACAGAAUUUCGCUUACCCGCCAUAUUUCGCCGGGAAUUUGGCGCCGUCGCAGCACAAUCAGCAGCUGAUGCAGUAUUGGAACGACAGUUUGAAUUUGAGCCCGAGAGGGAGGAUGAUUAUGAGCCGGUUCGGCCACCGCCCGCCGGUUCAGCCCCUGAAUACUACAAAGCUCUACAGGGGAGUGCGGCAGAGACAUUGGGGGAAAUGGGUGGCGGAGAUUCGUCUCCCUAGAAACCGUACACGUCUCUGGCUCGGCACCUUCGACACGGCGGAGGACGCCGCCAUGGCCUACGACCGAGAGGCCUAUAAGCUGCGAGGCGAGAAUGCUCGCCUCAAUUUCCCCCAGCUCUUCCUCGGCAAAGACAGGGGAGGUGGAGGAGCCUCCACGGCGCCCAGCUCGUCCUCUUCGUCUCCCACCACGCCCAGCAAGAGAUUAGCUUCGAAGGGAGAAGAUGAUGCGAAGAAAUUGCCGGCGACUCAAGAGGAGGAGUCGAGCGAGGUCACCGGAAGCGAUGAGGUUCAGGAAAACGUGGAGAGCGCUUCGUCGGAAUUGGUGUGGAAUGAAAUGGCGGAAGCUUGGUUGAAUGCAAUGCCGGCGGGUUGGGGUCCUACCAGUCCGGUAUGGGAUGAUUUAGACGCUACUAAUAGUCUCAUGUUGCCCUCUAAUCUUCCAUUUUCCGAUCCCAAUCAACAAGACCACACAUCUUCCCCAUCUUCAUGCCCCAUGAGACCUUUCUUUCCCAAUGAUCAAGACUAAAUUAGGUUCACCCUAUAUUUCUUCUCAAAUCUCACUGGUUGUGUGUUUUUCAUGGAACAACCUGUGAUUCAUCUCUCAGCUUCACAUCAUCAUCACAUAUACACUUAGUGUCCUCAUGCAUAGCUCUGAAUCUCUGAUCGAGUGCGAGUGUAAUGACCAUCAAAUAUCCAGACUUAAAAUCCUCAAUAGCCAGGAUCUCAGUCUUGAAACAAAAAACACACUCAAAUCUUGUUUGACUGAAACACAUCCUACAAUUUAUCUCCUCUCACAAUCUCCCGAGCAUGAGGUGAGGGGUCUUAGAUUUAGGGUUACACUUUUAGCCUUUAUUUGCAUUCCUCAUUCCUCAAUCCUCAUGCCAUCUGCAAAAAAGCUGCCUAUUAAAGGCUUUUCGCAAUGGCUAAUUUCAUUUCAUUUCAUGCUUCAUGUUUUUCACUUUUGUCGCAUCAUCAUAUCAUUACUACACAGUUCAGUUCUUCAUUUCAUUAGGUGUUUAUGAAGACUUAGCAGUUGUGAUCACACUACUAUAUCAGAAGCUUAGGAUCAGCUUAGAGGGAGACGCUUUUAUGAUCUUCUUCUCAAUCGAUUCCUACAUCACCACUACUUUUUUUCUUUUUUCUUUUUCUUUCUUUCUUUUUUCCUGUACAUUCUGGUAUGGUUUCUGGGAUCACAGUGUAUUGUAAUGUUUCUCUGGUUUUCUGCAAUUAUAUGGUUUUUAAGUAA